AUGAAUGAUGAAAUUAAGGAAGAUUUGAUAAAUAGCUUACCUUUUAAUUUUAAUAAAAUAAAUUUUGUAAAUUUGGAGAAUAUAGGGGGGGGAAUAAAAAAAAAUAAACAAACAAACCAUUUUGGAGAUAAUGAUAAAAUUAAAAAUGAAUUAAACGGAAUAGUAAGUAGCCAUUUAUAUGAAAAUAAUAAAAAUAUCGAAAAAAAUUAUCAUUGUUAUUACACUGAAACUUCAAAACUUCUCAAUAGAAAGUUAGAUAUUUCCUUAUUAAAAGGCAAAUUAAAAAAUACAGAAGAUGGACAAGAUUAUUACAAAAAAUGGAAAAAUAAUGAAAUAGAAUUACUUGGGAAAAAUUUUAAGAAUCGAAUUUCUCGUUUAAAGUUGUGUAACAAUGAAUUGGAUGGUAAAAAUAAAAUAAAAUAUGAGGAACAUGACGAAAAAAAUAAUGAAAAUAAUUUUGAGAAUAUCAAGCAUGGAUCCAUUAAAGAGGGUAGCAUAAAAUUUAAUAACUUAUUAAAUUUAAAUAAGGAAAAUGUUGAAAAGGAUAAAGAUAUAGAUAAUAAUUUAUUUUGUGAAUCUGAUUCAGAACUACUUAAUUUAUCUGAGCAGCGUUUAAAUUUUUUUGAAAAAUGGACACAAAGAUGGAAUGUAUAUCAAAAUAAUGAAAAAGAUACACUAAGUAAUAUAAACAGUUUGGAAAAUGAAAAUAAGAAGGAUAUGUCAAUUAGCAAUUAUGAUAAUAAAUUGGAUCGAGAAAAUAGUAACCCGAUUGUUUUAAUAAAAGAUAAUGAUAAAACGGAAAUAAAAUUAUUUGAUUCUUUUAUGGAUGAUUCAUGUAAUAAUAAUAUGGAAACAUUCAAUUAUAACAAAGCAAAUAAUAAAUUACAUACAUAUUUUAAAUGUUUGGAUAGUAAACAAAUUAUGAGUAAUAAAUAUGACCAUUUAAUAGAAAACGAUCACGAUAAAAAAAGAAAAAAUAAUAAUACUAUAAUAAGUAAUAUAGAACAAUGUGAUUAUAAACAAAUUCCUGAAAAUGAUGUUAAGGAAAUUAUAAAAAAUAUUAAAAAAAGAUUAGGUUUUUUUUCAAAUGGUGAAAAUAGUAAAUAUAAAAAUAUUGUUGAUGAAUUGUCUAAUUCCACUUAUAGCCAAAAUUCCAGAAUUAUGAAAAAAAAAAGUCAGAACAAAUUAAAAGGAGACAAAAGAAAUAAUUUUGCAAAAAAAAAACACAAAAAGAAAAAAAAUAAACCAGUCGCUUCAAAAAAUAGCGAAAAAAAAGACAGAGAAGUGCUAAUGGAUAGUCUGAAUUAUUCAGAAGAUGAUAAAAUAAGCGAAGAAGAAUUUUUGUCUUUCUUUAAAAAUUCAGAAACGAAAAAUGAAAAUAAUAUUAAUAAUAAAAGUGAUGUUGACAAGGAUAAUCAAGAUGAGGAAGUUCCUUUAUCUGAUUUUCAAACUUAUAUAAAUAAAAACGAGACAAAUCCUCUUUUUCUUGAUAUAUCAUCAAAAAAAUUUAAGCAAAAUUUUAUGCAAGCAAUAAGGAAAUACGAGUCAGAUGAUGAAAUGAGCGAAACAAAAGAAUUAGAGAAAUGGGAAAUGAAUAAAGAAGACAAAAGGGAAAAUUUAAAUACCGAAAAUGAUAGUGAUAAUAAUGUAAAUAAAAAAAAUGAAUUUAAUAAUACAGAAGAAUAUGUAGAGGAACGGAUUGAAGAUACAUAUAAGAUACAUGAAAAUGGAAACGUGGAAAAUGAAAAAAAAAAAACAGAUCCGAAAAAUAUUAUAACUAACUAUGUUAAUACACAUGAUUGCGAAGAUGUAACAGAGUUAGAUAAAAGUUUUAGUAGCGCUGAUAUAGUAGACGCAGAAAACAUUCCAAAAGAAGUUGAAACUGUUAAAGAGGAUAAUAUAUCUAGAGAAAUAUCAUCCACCGAAAAAAAUGAAAAUGGUGUGCUAUGUAUUUGCGAAAUUUUAGAAAAGUAUAAAAUGGAUUAUUUAAUAGAAAAAACAAAAAGUGACGAAAAUAAUAAUCCAAAUGAUUAUUUAAGUUAUAAUAAUUAUUUAUCUCAACUAAAUGAAUUUAUAAGUGUCAAUAAUUAUGAGCAUAAAAAUAAUUCUAUUUUGAGCGAUGAGAAUAUAAACGUUGAAAAAUUUUCCGAACAAAUAGAUUGUUACAUGCACACAAUAUUUGAUAAUCAAAUUAAGCAUUUAAAUGGCCUAGUUACAGAUAUUUUUUCCUAA